GAAAGAGUACCAAGGGCACAACAAACUUUUAUUUUCAACAUAAAAUGUCUGAAUAAAAAUGAAAUUUCGUGCGUAUUAAUUAUGUUUAGUGGUUGGAAACAUGGUAUUAAGAUAACAAUACUGCGAGAUAGUUGGUUAAGUCACAGGUGCCUUAGUGUUAAACAGACAGCUAUUGCUCUGAGACCGCUAUAUUUUAGAGUUCAUCCAGAUUUGUUUAGUCAAUAUCCAACAGAAAGAUUAGUCAAUGAAGAAUCCUUAAAACUAUUACAUGAAUAUAUUACAUCACAACGUAAAGUAGAUAACGUCAAACCUACUAGAGUCGUCUUUUAUGUUCGACCACCACAAAAUAUAAAAUCUAUAGAAUUAAAAGAAGUUAGGAUACAUUUAUCAACUAAGAAUGUGAGAGGUACAGUAGAAAAAGUUCUAGAGAAAUGCGGUUUGCCAUUAAAUUAUAUUCAUACUGUAGAGAAAGAGAAGUCUGAUGAAAUAUUUCCCAGGCCUGUAUAUCGGAAUCAGACCUUUUAUUAUGGAACAGCACCACCUCCAGAAGAAGAGAAACCUAAAAGAGAAAUUGUAACAUUGAGAUCAUGGUUUAGAAAUAAUUUAAAGGAUGUUAGAGAAUCUGAAGAAGUCUCAAAGACUUUCUUACAUGAUGUAGAUACCUAUAGAGAAAAGAUAAUCCAAGGAUUAGAAUUAAAGGAAUUACGAUGGGAAAGUUUAUGGGGGAUCAGAUAUUGUCGAAGUUGUCUCAAAAUGUUUUAUCGUCUUUAUGAAGAAAAUCCAGAAAAUAUUAGAGAGUACUUAAAAGGAAGAAGAUUAGUAUUUGCUAAUACGGCUGGUAUAAGUUUAUUAGGUGAUGUUAUAUUAAGUUGUGAAGAUGUAAGAAGUGACUGGUUAAAGUUGUUAAAGAAUGUGAAAGCCUAUGAUUCAGUAUUAGAAAGAUUGCCAUUAAUGGAGGUAGAAUUGUCAAGGUUAUUAAAUAAUAUACAAGUUACGAGACGUAAACGACACUAUAUUACUAUGGCUAAUAAAUAUGAACUGUACCUGGGUAAAUUGUUGAAUACUUUACGACAUAAUAGAGAUGCCACCCUGAAGUGGUUAGAAGAAGAAGAUUUAUCAGAAAUCCAAAUGGUGGUUGAAAGUGAAGCUGGUCCCUUGGCUGUUUCUAAAUGUGGACAGUUUUUAAUACCUGCUUCUUUACCAGGUUCAAUGAUAGUAGAAUUUAUUGCCAAAAACAAGAAACAUGCUAGUGUUUUAUUGAGAGAUAAUGUCAGGUAUGUAGAAGCAGAAGAUAAAGUGAUAGAAGAAUGUCGACAAAUAUUGCAGUUAAAAGAAUUAACCAAAGAUGAAAAUAUAACGCCACAACAAAUGAUAUCGUGCUGUGAGAAAUUGAUCAGUGAAUAUUGGAAACUUGGGGUCUUAUUAACUAACACUAGGAUUAAUGUAUCUAAUUAUUAUUCUAUGUUAGAGGAUGGUAAAAUUAUUAUACCUUGGGAUUGUAUUAUGGAUACAGAUGGUGUGUAAAUAUCUAAAUAAGUUUAUCUGUCCAAGGCCGUAACUACAUUAAUGCAAAUGUGGCAAAUGCCAUAUUUGACAUAAAAGUUUUUAAGUGGCACAAUUAAAAACAUUAAUUUUGUUGAAUCAGUGUUCUUUUUGGGUUAGAUAUGCAUUUUGAUUGGUAUAUCGUGAACUGAGAUACAUUUUUGACUUAAAUGACUAAUGAAUUCUAUAUUCUUUAAGAUCGACAAUUAAUCAAUAUAACUAGUAUGUUUAUGAACUAUGAAGUGAUGCAAGAACUCUUACUGGUG